GCGCAGGUGAGUCAUACCUGUAAAUAUUCCACGGGAUCGUGUUCAAAAUUUUACAAUAGCGCAUUAGAAGAGAAAGUUACGUCAUUGUUUCACAUUCGACGAAUAAUUUCCCAAAAUAGAACUCAGUUUUGGUUCCAAGUGAAGUGAGUGUGGGCGCAAGGAGACAUUUCGUCAGUACGAGAGGAAACCUUCGUUGAAAACACCUGUGAAUACUCGAAACUGACGUCGGCGCCAGGAAGAGUGAAAUAUUAAGGAAGUGUCGGUACCGGCGGUCGGACAUCCCCUAAUAUCAAGAUACUGAGUCUGUAAUCCAGCAACUACCUGAAGACGGUAGCAGGCUUCUCAAUGGUGUACACCAACACCAAGGCGGUGUGUGAGUGGGAGACGGAACGUUGUGCGAAGGAGACCGGAAAACACGCCAACGGCGUCCCGACAACGUUCAACAGUGACUCGUCACUUGAAGUUCACAAUAACAAAACAGAAAUGCCUCACGACCCGAACUCGACUCGGCUUCCUAAGCUGGUUACGGCCGAAGACAUUUACAAGGCCAAGCCAGAUGUUUUCGACAACCGAUUAAGUGGCGAUGCCGCGCACAAAGAAGAGGUGAAAAAGUGUGCGGAGACACUGAAGCAGGUCGGGGACCAGCUAGAGUUGGACUACUUGCGCAGGAACCUGAUCGGACUCAACCUGGAGGGACUACCGGACCCUCCUGCCUGCGCACCGGCUACCAACAGGCCCCACUCCGCCAGGCGGUGAAGUUUCAUCUGAGGGAUUCCAGAGAUUUUGGACCCUAGACUCAACCGACAUCUACAUCAUUGCCUCGAACCCAGAGGUAUACACUACAGACGUUUGGCUGCAGCCAAAACAAGCAGUCCUUCAAAGAUCAGGGCACGUGUCGCUAUAUGCAAGACGCACAUUUUCAGAACUGACACCAUUGCCAUGUUGUCAUCUGUGACCACAGUGACUAAUGGGAGUUGAAAAAAGGUAGCACUGUCUCUAAAAUGACACCUGAGACUGCAUUG